AAUAUCUUCGAAUUUUUUUUGUCCGAAUUCUUUUCUAAUAAGUAUAUGCUCUUUAUAUGAACGAACCAUCACCAUUACGGAACCUCUACGUGAUUGAUGGACUUGUCAGAAAUAGCAACCAAAUUUGCUUCAAACCUCAACGGUCUUCUCAAAGGACGCGUUGGAUAAUGUCUUGGGUAUACUAUUCCAAAACAGGAAAAAAAAGCAACGGUCAUGGCUAGAAUGACCAUUCUUAGACGUUUGUUCAACCAGUAAUGACCCCGGGUUAAACAACAAUCUCUACCUUUUAUUAAAAAUACAGCUGUGAAAUUUAACAAUUCUAACAUCUUUGAGUGUUUAUACUCGCCACUCUGUACUUAUGUAUGUUUGAAAAACAAUUCCACGGUCGGCAUAAAAGAAAAUUAUUAUCUCUAGUAUUCAAAUGUCAACGAAGGAUGCUAACUAAUUGAGGGAGCCAAUAUAUCGUCGUUCGACCUGCUAGAAAUAAUAUCCGAACUUUCAUGUUAUAGCUCUUAACUUAGAGAAAGAAGGAUUCAUUGAACUCGGUAAUACUAUGUGGUGGUCCCGACUGGAAUGCCUUUCAUCAUAGAUUUGAAUCUGGUGGCAUGAAUCUGUCACAAUGAAGUUAGUGUAUCUUACACCAUUAUUGAGACAGGAUUUCUUUGUGUAAGAUGUCAGCUGGUUCUCCAGCUAACUGUGAGAGAUUUUCCUGGCAGUCUGUUCCAUCCCUUUUGUCUUUAUGUAUUAACUUCGUAGCUGACAAUUUGGACUUGGUUGAAUCAUUCCAACACUUUCCUGACCUUCUUGGUAAAGAAAUCUUCCUUGCUGCCGAACGCAAUGAACAAUUUGCUCAACCAGAUUCUACUGUUAUCCAACGCCUUGAACUCUUUUCCACAGCCUUCAGCACUGAAUUCCUACAGAGUUUAUAUUUAAGUCGAGAACAUCUGCUGGUGAACUAUUUGUCUGAUGAUUUCCUUCUGUUUGCUGGUGUGCAGUCCUUGAACCUCAGCCACUGUGGAUUAUCUGAUGACCAUGAAAUUUUAUACAAAUUGAGUUGUUUUACAAACUUGAAUACUCUAUCACUUCAAGAUAAUGCCUUAACAAGCCGCGGUUUGCAGAAACUGACUCUGCCAUUGCGGAUGUUCAACCGAGGACCAAAAUUACUUAAGGCUCUUGAUCUUUCAGAAAACCCUGAAUUAACAAUCCAUGGUAUUCGCUACUUGAAAGCUUACCCAUUGCUUUGUGUUCUUAACCUCUCUAAUACAGCAAUUAGUAAAAAUGAUACCAAGCUGCAAUUACUGUCAAUGAGAGUGUGUAUUCCAGAGGAAGGUGUAUCUGGUGGACUAGAUAGCUGUUUUCGUUUACAGACUGAAGGCUGGGCAAGCAAUGUGAUCAAUACUUGGUUGACUUGGUAUAACAACAAGAGCAAACGACCUCGGUUGGGAGAAAAUUCUUUCUAUUCAAAGCAGAGGUUAAAAUUUCGACUGACCAAAUGUGAAUCUUACGCCAAACCAAGAUACCAAUUGGUUCUGAAGAAGUGAAAUUUGGUUCAUUGCUCUAUUUUUGUAUUUGUAAUAAAUAACAUUAAUAAUAUUAACAAUAACAGUAAUAAUAUUCUGGUCAA